GAACAGUGACGGAUGAUGAGUUUAGUGCCCUGAGGAUUGCGCACAAGACAGUCAGUGAUCUGCUAACAGCCGUUUAACACCGCAGAGCCCCAGCCGCGGCUGCAGACUGGGAAACCGACUCAGUCUGGAGGACUUGUUGAGAUAAUUCGCUUAAAGUAGUAAUAUUGACCGAAACGGAACACUCUCCAUCACACAGUUUCAGCUCAAGACUCCCACAUCCUCUGACCCGACAUAAAGUCUUCAGGAGCGACAUCUCCAGGAUCGUUACGCACAACUUUUACGCAUAACAGGAGACCUGCCGACGAACAGAUCUCAAUGCGCUGUUACCUGCAGCACGGACUACACUACAAUUUAUACUCCCACAGGUGUGAUUAUGUUAAGUGUGCGAACUGCAGAAAUGGAUGAAACGAUCCGCUUCAUACUCUGCUGAAACAAGACCGAACCACACACAGGAACUUGUCUGGAACAGCGAGCGAGUGCCAAAAUGAGCUUUUACUACCACAGCUGGAGGAUCUUACAGAUAUUCUUUGCAAUAAUUACAGCAGUUCUCGCACAAGAUUUGAGCAGUAAAGAGCUGACCGACAAUAAGAGCCCUGUGCCUUUCCCUGCCUUCUUGCCGGUCAACUACGAGGUGCGAGAUGCUGACUACCUCCUCUUAAAGGAGGCUGGGCAGGACUUCAUGAGGAACUCCAGCAUGCAGAGUCACACACAGCCCUUUGUUAUCUUAAGAGCCAGCCGCCAGCCAGCUGUCAACGCCAGCUACAGCACUAUGUCCACAGAGCAGCUUGUGCCUCUAGACCUGGUCCAGUCUGUGCAGCUUUUUAACGCUCCAGAGGUCUUUACUUUUAACUGGAAAAUCCAGGCCUUCGUGCUCACGCCUCGGGUUUUCUCCUCCAAACCCAAAGUGCGGGUGCUCUUCUAUGUUGCGGGGAGGGACUGGAGCAGGGGAGAAGGAACUGUGGAUGAGCUACCAUGUGUGACAGUGUAUGCUUUCUGGCAGACCCAGGAGGUGAGGGGUUCCUGUGCCAUGGGAGGCGAGAGGGGAACCUGCAUGGCUGAGCUGGCUCCUGUGCCUGGUUGGUUUGCUCCGGGGUCAGAGGGCACCAGCAGAGAGAGGCAGGACCCAUCUGCUGGGAACCCUGUGGAGCUGUACUACCAGGCACAGCCCAAAGUCAAUGGGAAGUGUAAUUUUGUGGAUGGAAGUCAAUGGGGUGGCUCACAGCAGCAGGCAGAGUAUGUUCCUGUCACUCCCAUGCAGAGAAUUGGCAGCGUACGUCUUCUGCAGGUGCCUAAAGGAAUGGCAACACUUUCUCGGCUCAAGCUUGGUAAUGCCAUUGUCAUACGGACAACCUCCAAACCCCUGAAGAAGACUGACAUUGCUACCUUCUACAUACUCAUGGCCAGCUCUGCUCAGCUGACUAACUUCACUCUCAGAGCAACAAUAAAGAAAGGUGUGACCUUUCGAACAGCGACACCCAGUAACUCUUUACUGUGGGACAUCACUCUGGAUAUGGGUGCAGAUGGAGCCAUCACUGUUAUUUGUCAGAGGAAGGCUCCCAUACCUGGGAAAAGGCUUGAGAGCAGUCUGCUGGAGGUGCUUCAGAUGGAUUUUGAAGUGGAGGAGCUGAGCAGUCCUCUCGACAGUCAGGUGAUCAUAUGGAAGCUGGAACUACCAUCUGCAUCCAAAACCAAAAAUGUAGCCAAGACUGAAGGAGCCAUGAGGAUCUAUACUACUCAGAGAGACUUUGUUGGCCUGGCCCCUCUUGUAAUGGACACAGAGAUCCUGAAUACAGCUGUUCUGACUGGAAAGAAGGUGGUGAUGCCUGUGAGGACAGUAGCUGUGGAAGAAGAUGGAGUAGUCACUGAUGUGUCUGACUACACAGACUGUAGCUCCACUGAUGAAGAUGUACUCAAGGUGUCGGACAGGUGCGACUAUGUUUUCGUGAAUGGCAAAGAGACGAAGGGAAAGGUGAAGAUGAUGGUGAACUUUACCUACAGCUACCUGAGUGCUCAGCUCGAACUGAACGUGUGGAUGCCCCGACUCCCCCUUCAGAUUGAGGUGUCAGACACAGAGCUGAGCCAGAUCAAAGGCUGGAGGGUACCCAUACUAACAUCAAAAAGAGCUGGCUGGAACAGUGAAGAAGACGACAGGAAGGGCAAGGGCUGCAUGCUGCAGUUUCAGCACGCCCUGGUGCGGGUGCUAACUCACUUCGUGGCAGAGCAGGCGGACCCUAGGGAUCCGAAGGCCUAUUUCCUGGGCUCCGAUUGGCAGGUGGAUGUCACAAGGCUGGUUCGAUACUUCAUGAAGGUGGAGGACCCUCGGGUGGCAAGGCUGCAGACAGGAAGGGUGCUGUCAGGACGAGACCUUGGGACCACCACCAUCCAGGUGUUUUCGCCACUGUCUGAUGCAAUCUUGGCUAAAACAACUAUCAAAGUCAUGGAUGACAAAGUGACCAUCACAGAGUUGGGGGUCCAGCUGGUCACAGGCCUCUCCAUGACUUUACAGCUCAGUCCUGGAAGCAAUAGGGCCAUCCUGGCAACCACAACCACACAGGAGGUUCUGCAAAGUCCCAAACAGGAAGCUUUGGUCAGCGCGUUGGUGCAGUUCAGUGAUGGCAACCAGACGCCUCUUGACAUUUAUGAUCCUGCUUACUACCGAGUGACGGUGACAUCUCUAGAUCAGGGGGUGGUGUCAGUGCAGGGCACGCCUUCGGCUGUGGUGGCAGAGGGUGAGGGUGAGGGAGUCCUGAUCAGAGUAGAGAUGUCCAUCUGUGAGGCCUGCCAGAAGUCCAAACGCAAAAGCACUGUGGCUGUGGGCAAUGGUAGCCUCAAGGUUAUGUUUCAGGUGAACAGCCGGCACCCAGACAGCAAUACCAGCAGCAUCGACAGCAGCACUGUUAGCAGCAAGGACAACGGCAAUGACUAUGGGAACGAUGGGGAAGAGGUAGACAGCGAGAGGAAGCAGUCCCAGGAUCCUCCACCGCGCAGCUCAAUCACAGACAGAGAGGAGAGAGCCAUGCAGAAGAUCACAACCACAAUCAAAUCUACAGAACGAACCUUCAUGACCAGUGGCAGCCUCGGAGGAGUGGGUAAGACUAGCAAUUCAGGAAACCCCAGCAGUCCUACCAACAUGGUGAAGAUCAGCAUGAUGAGCAGCCCCAGUGACAGCAAAGCAUAUGGCUCAAACAAUAUGAUAGUGGAGGAUAUGAGCACUGUUAGUUUUACUAGCACUGUGAAGGCCCCUGGGAACCUGGUAAACUAUAACAACUUCCCCACCAAGGUGGAGGUACCUGGGCAGGAGAUAGCAGAGGUAGAAAUUGGUGGGGAAGAAAUGUUGGACAACAGGCCGCUCACAGACUUGGAGAUUGGCAUGUAUGCUCUGUUGAGCGUCUUUUGCCUGGCCAUCCUGGUUUUUUUGGUUAAUUGUAUCUCAUAUGUUGUUAAGUUCAGGCACAAGAAGCCUCCUUCUCAUGGUCAGGAGCCCACUGGGCACAGGCAUGACUGGGUAUGGCUCGGCACAGACGCUGAGCUGGUGAUGAGCGUGCCAGGCAGUCCUGUCCAGCAAGACUCCCAGACUACAACCACUGUCAUAGACAUUGGGCCGGAUAAGACUGCCUCUCUGUCCAGAAGACCCAGUUGCCUGGCCUCUGUUACAGACUCACCCCUCAGCUGCGUGGGCUCCCUCAGGAGCAAACCUAUGCACACCGAGUCCCUCCAUUCACCCACCAGCAAGAGGAAGAGAGUCCAGUUCACCACCUUCUCUACUCUGGAGCGCCAGCAUUUGCCACAUCUCCCGUCCAGGGAGAACGGCCAUGGCAUCCACUGGGUUGGGAAGGAGGACAGUUGUGAGGAGGAACCCCAAGUGACCAUUACAGAGCCUGGGGACCAAUUAUAAUACAGAACCUGAUCAGACCUCACACGUACAGUAGAUGUGGCUUUGAUCACCUCAAUGCCUUUGUUAACUCUAAUAACUCUCUAGAAUAUGUGAUUUUGGAACUGCCCUCUACAUUUUCAAGGCCUUUUACAUGUACAUGUACUGUAUAUUAUUAUUAAUAUCAAAGUGUGGAUGUGUAUGGUAAUGUUUCAGCUGGUUGACCAGAUGGACUCUCACACAAUGUUUAGAGCCACCAAAUGUUAAUGCUGCAUGUGGAUAUCUACUUCUCAAAAUUUUUGCACUCACAUGAUGGUAUAUACAAUACAAAUACUAAAAAAGUAUCCUAAAUAACAAAUACAAAAUAUUGAUUACCAGUUAUAAUACAGAACUCAGUCUGACAGAUAUAGGUUUCACCAAAAAUGUGGCUUUGAUUAAACAUAAUACUAAUUGAAAUGGGUGUUUUCUAUUAUGCAAUAUCCAAGACCUUUUUAAGUUGAUCUAAUUUUCAUUAGAUUUUUGUUUUCAUUAAAACACUAUGAUCUA